UCCUUGUCAAAUCCCUGGCUCCCGGGCUCGGCGGGAAGCCGGCGGCUCUGCUUACCUUGGGGGGGCUGGAGACAUGGCCAGAAGGGUGCUCAAGCUUGCUUCGUGGACCGGCGUGGCUCUUGCCACCUCUGGUUUCUACCUCUACAGCAACAAGUACUUGGACCCUAAUGACAUUGGAGCUGUCAGGGUGGGCAGGGCAGUUGCCACGACAGCUGUCAUCAGUUACGACUACCUCACUUCCCUGAAGAGCGUCCCCUAUGGCUCAGAGGAGUAUGUGCAGCUUCGAUCCCAGGUGCACCUCCGCUCCGCCCGGCGUCUCCGCGAGCUCUGCUGUGCCAACCGGGGGACCUUCAUCAAGGUGGGCCAGCACCUAGGCUCCCUAAACUACCUGCUGCCGGAGGAGUAUACCAGCACGCUGAAGGUGCUCCACAGUCAGGCCCCGCAGAGCAGCCUGCAUGAGGUCCGCCAGGUCAUCCGUGAGGAGCUGGGCAAAGAGAUCCAUGACCUCUUCGCCAGCUUUGAUGACACGCCUCUGGGAGCUGCCUCCCUGGCGCAGGUCCACAAAGCAGUGAUGCAUGAUGGGCGGACGGUGGCCGUGAAGGUGCAGCAUCCAAAGGUGCAAAGGCAGAGCUCGAAGGACAUUCUGCUGAUGGAGAUGCUUGUUCUGGCUGUGAAGCAGCUAUUUCCAGAUUUUGAGUUCAUGUGGCUGGUGGAUGAAGCCAAGAAGAAUCUGCCUUUGGAGCUGGACUUCCUCAAUGAGGGGCGGAAUGCCGAGAAAGUAGCCCAAAUGCUAAAGCACUUUGACUUCUUAAAGGUACCUCGUAUCUUCUGGGAACUCUCCACCAAGCGGGUGCUGCUAAUGGAGUACUUGGACGGAGGGCAGGUCAACGACCGGGACUACAUGGAGAGGAACAAGAUCGACAUCAAUGAGGUCUCACGCCACCUGGGCAAGAUCUACAGUGAGAUGAUCUUUGUCAAUGGCUUUGUGCACUGUGACCCGCACCCAGGCAAUGUGCUGGUGCGAAAGUGUCCUGACACAGGGAAGGCUGAGGUGGUCCUGUUGGACCAUGGGCUCUACCAGGUGCUCACUGAGGAGUUUCGGCUGAAUUAUUGCCGCCUGUGGCAGGCGCUCAUCUGGAGGGACAUGCAGGGGGUGAAGGAGUAUGGCCAGCGCCUGGGAGCCGGCCAACUUUAUCCACUGUUCGCCUGCAUGCUAACGGCCCGUUCCUGGAACUCGGUCACCCAGGGCAUUAGUCAAGCUCCGGUGACAGCCUCAGAGGACCUGGAGAUCCGCACCAAUGUGGCCAGCUACCUCCCACAGAUCAGCCAGCUCCUCAGCCAUGUGCCACGCCAGAUGCUGCUCAUCUUCAAGACCAACGAUCUGCUGCGUGGCAUCGAGGCCUCGCUGGGCACUCGUGCCAGUGCCAGCUCCUUUCUCAGCAUGUCACGUUGCUGUGUCAAGGCGCUGACAGUACACAAGAGGAAGAAUGCCCACUCCUUCUUCAGAAGGACCCAGAUCUCUCUCAGCGAGGCCAUCCACUUGUGGCAGAUCAGCCUCCUGGAGUUUGUUCUGCACGUGAAGGGGCUGAGACUGACCAGCUGCCUCUGGGCCCUGCUGUCCUGGCUGCGCCCCACUCCCCACUGAGUGGACUCAUCAUUCCCUCCCCUCCUGGUGUGAAAGGGAUUUUUCACAUGCCACACACUUCAGUGACCUGCCAUAACUCCCCAGUGACCUGGAGUCCAGGGUCAGUGUGGUGCUUUGUAGCUUCACCUCUGGAACUCUCCUUUCAUAUGACAGCCCAUGACUUGGGUCCUACAAGUUGUCCUACAAGCGCUCAGUUUCUCCCCCUUAUCCAGGGAGAAGGCGUGACAAGACUUGCUCACUCCCAGGUGCUUUUGGACUGGAUGUCCCUUAGCACCACAAAAUGCCUCUGAGGCCUGCUGCAGGAACAUGGGGUGAUCUAGGAAGUUUGGUUCUCUUGGAGGGGACCAUGGCUCUCUUUGAGUUUGCUGGAACCCUGUGCCUCCACUUUCUCUGUCCGUCCAGAGCAGUGCCCCUUUGUCACCUGUGGGGCUGACUUGGCAUAAGAGGCAACUCUAUGGCAACUGCUCUGUAAAUACUGUCACAGCAGUCCUAUUGGUGUUUCAUGUCUUAUGGUUUGGUGAAAACUCUUUUGGGGUUGCCAGGCAAAGCUUGGUUGCUGGGAGUUUCAAUCCUGUUGAAAAUCCACACUGGUUGUUAGGGGGCAAGGGUAUAUGUUUGCAUUUGCCACUGUCCUCUGCCUGACUUCUUGUCCCGUGUACCUUCCCCCUUUCCACUGUGCAACUCCUUCCUGCUUCUCAUCGAUUUUUUUCAUCUUCCAAGACUCAGACCUUGGGUGGAGGAAUAAGGUAACCCAUGGUUAGGAACUUAGAAACUGGGCUUUAAAUCCUGGUUCUUAGCUCAUUGGUGAAUUAUCCAGCAACUGUCUUGUUCUACUAAUUUUCCGUUCUGUUUUUAGGCUACACCCAGCAGUGCCCAGGUGUUACUCCUGGCUCUGUGCUCAGGGAUCACUCCUGGCGGUGCUCAGGGAACUAUAUGCCAAGGAUCAAACUUGGGUCAGCUACGUGCAAAGCAAAUGCCCUACCCACUGUUCUAGCAUUCUGGCCUCUUGUUUACUAAUUAGUUCCAGGUUUAGCUGAUGACCCAGCCCUGGAGAAGGGUCUAUCUCUGUGCCUAUGUUUAAGGUCUGAGUCUGGCUGCUCUAGAGACUCUUGCUAUCAUAUCUCCCCAACUUCUGUUGCCAACAUGGCCCCUUCCCACUUCAUCUGCUCCCAACUCAGGACUUUUCUGUUUCCUGUAUCUGUGCGAUCUCCAUACUCCCCCUUGGCCCACAUCUGGCAGGCUCCGAUUCUCACUAUGUGCUCACAGGCAGUCAUUCUCUUUGAGUCUCUCUGAUUUUUCUGUACUUCAUUCCAAAUAUAAGAAGCAGACUUCCCACUGACCAGAGAUGAUUUGCAAUCCUGUUAUUUUCUGAAAAAAUUUCAUUGUUCUCAGUGACCAGUUAAAGGCACCCAGGGACCUGAGAGAGUAAUUUUCAAGAUCUGUUAUUAAUCAUGAGAAUGCAUGCUGCAUAUUAUAUUUUAUGGGGUCUUUUAUAGCCACUGGAGUAAAUAUAAAUGUCCUUUUUGUUCAAGGUAA